AUGGCGGAUAGACGUGUUUUGACGCUCUCUCAACAGCCAUCAAAAACCCAAGAAUCCAUGCGGUCCAAGCUGGAAGAAUGGCGCAAAGUAAGACAGCAACAAACGGCUAAACAGCUGAAACAACAAACAGUCCCUCUAAAGACGCCUAAUAGAGUUAAACCUCAAGUAUCUCAGCAAAAGGCUAAAAGUGUUCAACCAAAGAGCAAAGAAACUUCGUUGUCUAAGUCAUCAUUAGCUCAUCGCAAGAGGAAAUCGUUUCACGUGCUGCUAUACGACACAGCUGGUGUUAAAAAGAUCACAGACGAAAACACAGCGGAAGAGUCGUGUCAAACAGUCAAUAUUGAACUAAAUAUCAAUGAGAUCAAAAGGAGAAAUUCUAAGAUUCAGAAGCCACCCGAGACGUUUGAAAUCGAAAGUGCACCAGAUUCAAAGAGAGCAAGAAGAAGCACUUUUACCAUCGAGACACCAAUGAAAGAAGUUGGUGAUAAAAAUAAAGAAAAUCCCAAACGUUGUGAAAAAAAUGAGCAAAACCUAAGAAAUAAACUAGAAAUAUGGAGAGAAAAUAAAAGAAAAAAGCAAGCAACACCAACUAUUCCAAAAAGUUUAAAAUUACACAUCAAACCUCAGAACUCUUGCAAUAGGAAAGAUGGUUCAAACAGUGGGRAAAAUUGCGUUAAAACCAUGGAUCCAGGCAAAUGUAACCAAGUGUGUACUGCAAAGAAAUUCCCCAAGAAAAAUGGACCCCCUACACAGCCACAAAAAGUGUCACAAAUCACGAAAAGUAAAGUCGGACCAAAAGAUACAGUCAACUUGCCAAGAACACCAUUGAAACUACUUCUACCACACAUGGAUAAGACACUGUCAAUGAGGGAGAGACUCGAGUUGUGGAGAAAAGAAAAAGGCAAAACAGAAGGAGUUACAAAGACACCAGCAACACUGAGAAGGAAGAGUACAAUGCCAUCAAGAAGGAAAGACCACAAACCAAUCACCAUGGAAACACAGGAACCACUGCAGCUUGAACCUUUUGACACUAUGCACUGUGACAUGGCCGAAAAGAAACCAACACCAGAGGAAAUAAGACAAAAACUACAAAAUUGUUUGGAAAAAAUAAAAGAGGAUAAGAAUAAUGAUGAUAUGAUUGCAAAUCAUCUGGAUGAGAUACAGGACGCUCACCCAGGUUCACUGCAGUGUGCUGAGUUCUGGAUUUGCAGGGCAAAAAUUGCAGAGCAUGAAGAAGAUGAUGGCAGGGUCGUGUGUUUGUUUGAACAAGCCCUAGUUUUCAAUGCCGAGCCUGAGCACCUAAUCAAGGAGGCUGUGGCAGAAUACUCAAAAACAAGAAAAGGCCAGAAGGAAGUGUCGUCUAUAGAGGUACCAGAAGCUGUCCCAGGACUUUCAGUAACACCCCCUAGAGUAGAUGAUAUCUUGAACAAACAAGCUGGUCAGCCCUCACCCUUUGACUCCUCCAUCAUCAAAUACAGUGUCACAAAAGCAACACCUUUCAAAAGCAGGCUGAAAUCAUGUGAAAGGCCAGUUGUGACACCAGUCCGCAGGUCAACAAGACUUGAAAGACGCAGUAUGCACUAUCCAACAACGUUACAGGAACAUGGCCUCGCUGUAAGACACUUGGAUGAUCUACCAGAAGACAUCAAAAAGAAUGUCUUGUUUAAACCCAAUUUGACUGUGCAGAAUGAUUUAAAUGAAGCAUGGAAAGCUCUGUGGAAUGAAUGAGAUAAAACUUUUAUACUGUUGCGAAAAAAGGUUGCGCAAAWUCCAAUGUAAACAGAUUGAUGGUGUAGAAAGAAUUUUGUUUAACAUGAAUCACGUUUUUAAUGUGUACAUAUAAGAAGAAAAGGUAUUUAUCCUGGUAGGUUCUGGUACAUAAGUCUACAAUAUUUUAUAGGUCRUAUCUUUGUUACAUUGUUUUAAAUUUGUUUUUAAGCGACAGCAAGAAAAUGUUAUUUGAUUUUGCAAGUGAAAAGAAAUUAUAAAGUAUAAUAUUGUCAAUAAGUGCUUGUUGUUUUACUAGAGUACAGCCACUAGUCAGUAGAGUUCACCAAUACUAAAUCACYGAGCCUGAGGCAGAUACAUAAUUGUUGAAGCAUCAUUAAAUAGAUGAUUAUUUAUUUCUAUCCGAAGAAAACCUAUCCAGUGGAUAAAUUUAUUGGAUAUCAGCGUCGAUUUAUCCACUGCAUAAGGAUUUAUCGUCUUAUUGGGCUAUAUUUCGUC